UCAUUCCAACAUUGCGUCUAACUUGCUGCUAGGUAAUACUAAAAAAAUGGUCGGAAUACAAAAAUUAAUAACAAAACAUAAACAAAUAUUGUUUUGAUAUCUCUGCAGUAACGCCCUCAGUGGCGGAUUGGAGAAAUGCAGGUCGUCGUAUAAUCGUGACGUCCCCUACCACGGGAUAUAAUCAUUGACUAACCUCAUUCAAGCGAUACGCCAGUAGUCAAUCAUCGUAGCCACAGUAAUCAAAUUUUGUUUACGUUCACUGCCUUGUCUUGUUAGAUAGACUAUAGACAAAUUUUUUACAAUUCAAUUUUCGGACAGUAUCCCCUAGCAAGUGUUGACGUUGAGAUCUGCUUGUACGAUUGUGGUAUAAGCGUAGAUCUUGAUAGUUUAUGAGAUACUUGAUAUGUAGUAGAAAGAUAUUGUUCAUAUUUUAAGAUAAAAGAAUAUAAUUAUAAAAAUUUGUUUUAUACAAUGGCCAUGUUCGAAGUUUUAAGAAAAGAAUAUAGUGAUUAUUUGCAACAGUGUUUUAAGCUGUCAGAUAUACAAAUAUUUCAAAAGAAAUGCGUCGAACGGUGUACAAAUGAUAGUGAUAGAAAAGCUGCAAUUGAUCAAGCAUUAAGAGAUACUCUUCUUGUAAUAUUAUCUGAAAAUCUAUCAAGUAAUGUGCCUCUGCUUGAGACUUACAUUACAUUCUGCAUUGAAUUAUGCAGAAAAGACUUAGCAACUGCAAGUAUGCCAGUGAUGCUACUUGGUGAUAUAUUUGAUUCUAUGACACUCGACAGAUGCGAACAGUUGUUUACUUUUGUUGAGAACAAUGUGGUUGUGUGGAAGGAAGAUUUAUUCUUUAGUGCCUGUAAAAACAAUUUGUUAAGGAUGUGCAAUGACUUACUUAGAAGGUUAUCUAGAUCACAACAAACUGUAUUUUGUGGAAGAAUUCUUUUAUUUCUGGCUAAGUUUUUUCCUUUUUCUGAGAGGUCUGGUCUUAAUAUUGUUAGUGAAUUUAAUUUGGAGAAUCAUACAGAAUUUGGCUCUGAAAAAUCAGAGGGAGACGAUUUGGAACAAAUAACUAAGGAUGAUGAUAAAUCAGAGACUAAAGUACCAAUUGAUUAUAAUUUAUAUAGAAAAUUUUGGGCACUUCAAGAUUUUUUCAGAAAUCCCAAUCAAUUAUACCUAAAAAUGCACUGGAAGAUAUUUUCAACGCAUGCUUCAAGUGUACUGUCUGCAUUUUCAUCUUUUAAAUUGGAAGAACAACGUAAUUAUCCUUCAACAUGUGUUAAAGUUGAAUCUUCCAUGGAGGGAUCUCACAAGGAAACCCCUUAUUUUGCAAAAUAUUUAACAAAUCAAAAAUUGUUGGAGCUACAACUAUCUGAUUCAAAUUUCAGACGAUAUGUAUUGCUGCAAUUUCUCAUUCUUUUCCAAUAUCUUAAUAGCACUGUUAAAUUUAAAGCCUUCCUUGCCAGUGGCUAUGAGACAAGUGAAACACAUGAACUAAAGCCUGAUCAAGUAGAAUGGGUAAAAGGAACCACAGAGCAAGUAUAUGCCUUACUGACAGAAACACCUCCCGAUGGUCCAACAUUUGCAGAAACUGUUAAAAAUAUAUUGAAACGCGAAGAGCACUGGAAUGCUUGGAAAAAUGAAGGAUGCCCACCAUUUAAAAGACCAACUCCAGAUUCUAGCGCCGACAUAGAGGAAUCAAAAAAACCAAAGAGACCAAGGCGUAGAAUUGGAGAUGUCAUUAGAGACGCUCAAGCAGUAGGAAAGUACCAUAUGGGAAACCCAGAACUCACGAAAUUAUGGAACUUAUGCCCCAAUAAUCUUGAAGCAUGUAAAUCUAAAGAAAGAGACUUCCUUCCAUCUUUAGAGACAUAUUUUGAAGAAGCUAUUAUGCAAUUAGAUCCUAAUGCAAUGGUAGAAGAUGAAUACAAGAAAGUAAAUGAUGGGAAUUUUGGUUGGCGAGCAUUGAGAUUACUAGCUAGACGUAGUCCUCAUUUUUUUGUCCAUGGGAAUUAUCCUAUUAAUAAAUUACCUGAAUAUCUCGAAACAAUGAUUAAAAAAAUCGCUAAAGAUAGGCCACAGACACAGUCGGAUAUAAAAUUAGAAACAGAGGAAACUCCACCGCCAGAAGCGAACGAUCAAGAAUUUAACGAAGAUGUUCUCAAGCAAGAGAGUGAACAAGUUGAAGCCGAAAAUACGGAUACGAAAGGACGAAAAUUGACGAAAGUGACACCUGAUAUGGUGGCGAAAUUAUCAGAAAUUCUGAAAAACGAUUGGAAAAAGUUAGCAACCAAGUUUGGUUACACGAGUGAAGAGAUUACAUUUUUUCAAGGGAAACCAACGCCGUACGAGCAAUGUAAAAAUAUGUUGGAAAUUUGGGCGGAAGAAGAUGUAGAUGCAUCGAUGGAAAAUUUAGCAUAUAUUUUAGAAGGUUUAAAAUUCACGGAAGCGCUUGCUGUUUUAAAAUCCUAAUUACAUCGUGAAAGAGAUAAUCUUAAAAAAUGAGUGAAAUCGAUUCGCCAACAAGCAUGCUGACAACCUAAAGGUAUAGACCGACGUUCUCCCUACUUAAUCGUAAUAAAUUAGUUUAACGUUAGUAAUAUAUCGUAUCUUCGAAUUAUAGACACUGACUUAGACUCGAUUUAUGCUCGAUGUAAAAGCAGAGGCCAAUGACGAUUAAGACAGCGACAGCUCGCGGAAUGGUGUAUACAACGUGUUUCUUUUCCAACGAGAACUAUACGUAAGUUAUAAAAUAUUGCUACAUAUACGCCGAAAUAGUUUUAGAAGCAUAUUCCACAACUGUUCGCGAUUGUUAAUCCAAUUUCUAAAUAAUCCUUUCAUCGCAUAUACAUACUGUUACAUUUAUGGGCCUGUAGCACCGUAAGUAUAAGUACUUACAUCCUUACUGUACAAUCAUGCAAUUUACUAUCGCACCAAACGCGUCUGCCGCGAAUUGUACACAGAGCAUAAAUCUGGAUUCCGGAUGCAAAAAACUCAAUCAUCUUAUACGGAAUCCUUUAUUUAUUUGUUUUUUUUUUUUUUAAUCGAUUCGUUUCUUAUAUCUAACAUACACACUCAUAUGUAUUGGCUAAAGUGUAAAUGUAAUUCGAUUGCGGAUAUGAAUUCCGACAUUUUUAUUAGGCAGUUUUAUUAGGGCAGUCGUUAGUUUACGUUCUGCUUUUUCUGCAAUUUUUUUUUCCUUUUUAUUCUUUUUGUUUCGUUCUUUAAUCCCUUAAACAGUAAAUUAUGACUCGAAUGGUGAACAUCUUUGACCACGCUUCAAAGAAUCUCCUCUCGUAGCAGCGUUCUAAGUACUGGACGUUUAUCGUGACGUAGGGAACUUCUAAUAGCGUCGAGUUGGUUGACGCGCGUCGAAGAAACCGGUGAUGUCGCGUUUUUCCGACGCUCGAUAACGAUGACGGAUUAAGAGUACAGGCGAGUAGUCGAUAUGAAACACUGAUGAACGAUGUCUAGACGAUCAGUCUUAUUUCUUAAAGAGA